AUGUUCGGCAAACGCUCCUUUGCUAGCGACAAGGACAAGGACCGUUCAGGCAAGAUCACCAAGCAUCCGAAGAGAUCGUUUCGCGAUGCCUCGAAACAAAAGGCCAUGGCCCAAAAGCUGGACACGCGCAACGACAGCCCCGUCAUGGAGGCCACCUCACCCCCGCUGACGUCGUCGAUUGUCACAGUAGCCGUUGGCCCCGACCAGCGCCUGUUUGCUGCGCACGAGGACGUCCUCAGUCACUCGCCCUACUUUGCCCAGCUGCUACGGAGCCAGUUUUUCGAGACCGCUAACCGCCGCAUCGAUCUCCCGACGGAGGAGCCUGAAAUCUUCAGCUGCAUCCUCGAGUAUCUCUACAAAGGUGACUACUACCCCCGCCUUGUCCAUGACAAGCGCCGCCAGACCUGGAUGCUCGAGGGUGCAGUUGCAUCACCCGACCCCAACAAACCUGGCGACCGCGCACCCGCCGUCGAGCCAACCUUUUUUCACUCGGGCGUGGGAGACGUUCUUCUCCGCGACACGGCCGUGUACUGCGCUGCCGAUCACUACGGCCUCGAACAGCUCAAGAAGCUCUCCCUGCGCAAGCAGGGCCUGCAGAGCGGGAUCGAGGUUGGAACCAUCCUGCGUAGUGCGCGCUAUGCCUACGAGAACACGCCCGACAGCGACUCGCGUCUGCGCGCUCAUUACCUCGCUCUGAUUAUCCGCAGUCGCAAGACAUUCAAGCGUAGUGGAACCAUGCAGAUGGAGAUGGAGAUGGGGGGAAAGAUGUUCUUUGACUUGUUCGUGGCCAUGUGCAACCACGUCGAUGAUCUUGCGGAUGCGAGCGCCUCGGCCCGCGGCACUCCCAGGACCAUCUAA